AGCAUUUUGGGAAAGGGGGGAUAGAUGGAGAGGGAGAGUUUAGCGAGUGCCGCUUUAGGUUGCUGGAUAUCCCCUUCUGUCUUGCUGUCACGACACGAGGCGGUAACAACGUCUCUCACCAAUCAGCUACACUACGCUACGCUGCCUACUACCGAAGACUUGCACUGACAAUAUUACAAUUUCUUUUGGACAAUCGUUUCUUUUCUUCAUAUCCUAUCUAUCCUCCGCUCCAUCCGGGUUCCCCUGAGAUCCGAGGUCUCGUGCGGGCACGGCUUCUGGCUCAGGGCGUUUGAGAUCACUCGUCAUAACAACACUGUCCCUAUCGUCUCAUCUUCAACACCUCAACAACCCACACUAUCAUGAGAAGCAAUAUGGCUUCUCCUCAAGAGGAAGCCGAGUCCCUGAUUCAAGGCUCUGAGAUUUCCGAACCAACGCCCUCAGAAUCCUCCCACGAUGAACCAGCUCCGGCAGUAGAAAAGCCGGUAUACGGAAACUCAAGACGCAAGACGAUGUUAAAACUCGCCGCUGGAAUCGCAUUAGGCCUCGUUGCCAUAUACUGGGCCCUCAUUUCCCUCUACAAUUCCUUCAUAGCAAGCUACCUACGCCACUCCGCUCAUCCCAAGUUUCCAUACUACUUUGACCCCAAUCCGGAAUUAUGGCCUGGUCCGACCGCCACAGGACGUGCUCCGUUUCUUGCCCAGGCGACGGUCGCUCCAAGCUUUGGCCAAGCGCCGAAUAAGACCAUGGAAAGACUUUGGGCUCAUCUUUCGCCCUACUCGUUGAAUUAUGAGGGUUGGGGAAUUGAGGAAUAUCCUUUGCCGGUUGGCGCGAAGAUUACACAAGUUCACGUGAGGAAGCGAAAUGUAAUGGGUAGGAUGUAUGGAAUAGGGCUGAUGUUGAUAUAGACUCUUCAUCGACAUGGAGCGAGAUACCCAACUACCGGAGCUAAUGUGGAAAGUUUGGGCAGUAAGAUGACUACCGUUGCAGGAAGAUUCAAUGCCUCUGGGCCUCUGGAAUUCCUAAAUACUUGGUCUUACGGUUUGGGAGCAGAGAUUAUGGUUCCUGCUGGACGAUUGCAAUUAUUUGAGUCUGGGGUUCAUCGAUAUUACCAAUAUGGACAUCUCUAUGAGCCAGGAACCAAGAUUCUAGUUCGCUCCACUACCCAAAAAAGAAUGCGAGAAGUAACGUCCCCAUAAUGUUUAGACUUCAUAGUAUGGCAGCUAAUUUUCAACAGAGUGUUUGGAAUUUCCUUUCUGGCUUCUUUGGCCUUGAGUGGCAGGAGUAUGCAGAGGUCGGUUAUGGUAUUGAGGGAUUCAGCAAUAAUGCACGCUGGAAUACUUCUCUUGCAGGAUACAAUAAUUGUCCCAAUUCCAACAAAGACCAAAACAAAGUUGGUCAGAAUGUGUCUUCUGCGUGGCAAACCAAAUACCUCCAAAAUGCGACAGCACGCAUCAACAAUCUGGUCGAAGGAUUGGUUUUUGAGACUAAGGAUGUAUAUGCUAUGCAAACUAUGUGUCCUUACGAAUAUGUAAGCCUUUCCAUCCCAUUUUCCUUUCCGAAAGACACUGACUGAAUUCACAGGCCGCAUUUGGGUACAGUCCUUUCUGCAAGCUAUUCACAUUCGAUGAGUGGGAGGGAUUCGAGUACAGCAUUGAUCUGUGGUUUUCAGGUGGCUCAGGGUUUCGUAAGUACAACCUCAUCCAUCUUUCAUACGUAGCCCCCAUCACUUCGUUUCGUCUCAUGAUUUCCUGCCAACUCAUCACCUCGCCCCCAAAUUGUGUUGUAUCAUCCAUCCUGACCUCCAUGCCUCAGAAUCCCCAACCGGCCGCGCAGUCGGCCUCGCCUGGCACCAAGAACUCCUCGCCCGUCUGGAACACCACACCCUCUCCUUCUCGCACUCCCAAAUCAACACCACCCUCGACAGCACCACCGAAACCUUCCCCCUGAAUCAAACCCUGUACUUCGAUUUCAGCCACGACACCAACAUCAUGAGCAUCCUCACCUCCCUCGGCUUCUCGCAAUUCUCCGCCCUCCCCGCCGACCACCCCGGCCCACACAACCUCACCGUCUCCAACAUCACGCCCUUCGCGGGCCGUCUCGAUGUCGAGGUGCUCACUACGCCGCAUCCUGUCCGAGAAGAUCGGAGCUAUGAUCCUAAAGGGGCGGAGACUAGGUACGUGAGGUUCAAGUUGAAUGAACGGACCCUGCCCCAUCCGAGGUGUGCGCCCCGUCAGGAUGGCCUCUGUGAGUUGGAGCACUUGCUGGAGAUUUUGAGGGAUGAGGAGAGUAAGGUUGAUUAUGAGAUGGCGUGUUUUGGGGAUUAUGAACCGGCGCCUUGGGGAGCGAUUACGGAUGGGAGGCCGUUGGGGCUAAAAGAUUGAAAAGGGGGGAGGGGGUUUAAAAAUUGUGUUUUAGAAAUUGUAGUCUUUCUGAGGCCGCUGGGGGGUGGAGGGAGGCGUUUCAAAAGAAGAACUGAGUGAGCUGGUUGGAGUUUUGUGCGAUUGGUUUUUUUCUUUUUCUUUUUCUUUUUCCCCCUCUUCUUCUUCUUUUUUUGCACGUUGUAGUAGGUACGGAGACUUGUAUGUAUGUAUGUAUGUUUAGAUAUAUUAAACUACUAUAGAAGGAGAGAGAUAUAAAAAUAUGAAAAUGAGAAAAUCG